ACCCUAUUUUGGAUUUUAAAAUAUAGCCCCAUUGAAAAAUUGGAAAUUUUUUUCGUAAAAAAGCCCUUCUUCCUUUUCAAGGUUCAUACUUUCGUUUCCCCUUCUCAUCGAAUCGAAGCGCCGCACCGUGUUUCUUCUCUGCCUGAAUAACGCAAAGAAAAUUGAAGCAUCCUAAGGGUUGUUUCUAAGGGAUACCGGGUUGGGAGAGAAGAUGAAGCAGGUGGUGGGAACGGUGGUUUCAAAUAAGAUGCAGAAAUCAGUGGUGGUGGCAGUGGAUAGACUAUUCUACCACAAAUUGUACGACCGAUAUGUCAAGCGCACGUCUAAGUUUAUGGCUCAUGAUGAGCACAAUCAUUGUAACAUCGGUGACCGAGUUCGGCUGGAUCCUUCUAGGCCUUUGAGUAAGCAUAAACAUUGGGCAGUUGCUGAAAUUCUCAAGAAAGCACGUAUAUAUGUUCCGCCCUCAAUGCCAGUGCCGGGGAGUGUGAGCUCAAGCUCUGAAGCAUCUGCUUCCUGAUUUGGCUGAAGCUGCUGGUGAAACCCUUGCCAUCACUGGCGACACCCUGCCAUCCUCCUCAACACCACCACCACCUUUGGUAAUCCCCAACAACAACCACAUCCUCCUCCUUCCGCCACCAAGACAAGCCCCAAACUCCUCACAUCGUAACCUCCUCUGUCACCAUGCGCCGCUGCAAACCACCACCACCACUGAGACAACAACCCAUCCUUUUUGAAACAGGAUCUGGAAUUUCCUGGUUGAACGACAAAAAGAAUGAAGAUUAAGAAGGAAGACAUGGAAAUUUGGUAUCAAGCUUGCAUUUUAAUGCUUGCAUUUUAAUAUCAAGUUUCAUGCGUUGUGAAAUUUGGUAUCCUAGUAGAAAGGCUCCUGUAAAUGAAAAUUUAGAACCCUUGUAGGCUAAGAGAUUUAUGAUGUGGCAGGGAAAGGUGAAGGGUAAUUGAGUAUUGAAACCUAAGCUGGGUAAUUGAGUCUUGAAUAAUAAUCCUGACCAAAAAAAAGUUUUGAAUAAGGAUGAGUACAAACCUUAGUUAACUGCUAAAUACGGAUGAUGAAUGCCCGGUACUAACUCUUACCCUACCCUCUGUUUGAAUGCAGAGAAAAUGAGGGGAGACAAAGUAUUUGAAAUUGUUUUUCUUGAAGUCAACUUAUCGUUCUA